ACCCUCAUCAAGCAGCUCAAGUCUGUGCUGGACCAAUACCCUGAUGAUGGACAGAUACUCAAGGUAAAUCUAUGCUGGACCAGUACCCUAAUGAUGGACAGAUACUCAAGGUAAAUCUAUGCUGGACCAGUGCCCUAAUGAUGGACAGAUACUCAAGGUAAUCUGUGCUGGACCAGUACCCUGAUGACGGACAGAUACUCAAGGUAAAUCUAUGCUGGACCAGUACCCUGAUGAUGGACAGAUACUCAAGGUAAGUCUGUGCUGGACCAAUACCCUGAUUAAUGACAGAUACUCAAGGUAAAUCUAUGCCUGACCAGUACCCUGGUGAAGGACAGAUACUGAAGGCAAAUCUAUGCCUGACCAAUACCCUGAUGGUGGACCGAUACUCAAGUUAGGUCUGUGCUGGACCAAUACCCUGAUGAUGGACAGAUGCUCCAGUUAGGUCUGUGCUGGACCAAUACUGUGAUGGUGGACAGAUACUCAAGGACUAAUACCCUCGUGAUGAAAAGACACUCACGUUAAAUCUGUGCUGGACCAAUACCCUGAUGAUGGACAGACACUGAAAGAGUUGAUCCAGAAUGCAGAAGAUGCUGAGGCCAGUGAGAUACGAAUACUGUAUGAUGACAGACAUAUAGACCCCGAUCCAAGACUACUAAAGAAGAAACAUUACCUAGCCUCACUACAGGCCCCAGGUCUGUGUGUGUACAAUGAUGCAUUGUUCACCAAGAAGGAUUGGAAGGGAAUCAAGAUGCUACAUGACAGUGUCAAGGAGGAGGAAGUCCUUAAGGUUGGACGGUUUGGACUUGGAUUCAAAUCUGUAUUCCAUGUCACUGACUUCCCAAGUGUCAUAAGUGGGGACACUGUGUUGUUCAUCAACCCACAAGAGAAGCAUGGUGACCGAGUCUGCUACAUGAAGAAACUGCGUGAACUUCCCAGUGGGAUAAAGAACAUGAUCCUCAACAUCUUCAGUGGCAUCUUUGGCUUUACAUCAGACACAACAGACACAGGUCAUUAUCCUGGAACCAUUUUCUGGUUCCCCCUCAGAACCAACAUCUCGAAGCUGUCCGACAACAUUUACACUGAGAAGAAAGUCAUGGAUCUGUUCCAGGCUUUUAAGGCUGAGGCAUCCAUAACUCUCUUAUUUCUGAAGUCAAUAGAGAAGAUACAGUUGUGCAGGAGACUGGAGGGAAAGACAGAAAUCCAGUUCUCAUUGCAGCUGUCUCAAGACUGUCUCCAGCAUGUUAGAGCUGAGAAGAAAGACUUCAUGAGGAAAGUGAAGGAGGUACAAGGAGAAAUACCAACAUCAUCUUUACAGAGCGAGUUGAUCGUAACUGUGGAAACACAGGAUGUUGCAGAGACUAAAUUGUCUAAAUUGUCAUCACAGAACUGGAUUGUCAUCAACUUCUACAAAGGAGGAAGUAUGACUGAAAGCUUCCGAGAUCUUUGCCAUGACACAAGUCUUUCCUACUCCCCCUUUGUGGGUCUGGCUGUUCCUUUGGGUCAACAGUGUGAAGGUCACGUGUUCUGCUUCCUCCCACUUCCUCUGCAGAGGAACAGCCCCACAGGUCUGCAGGUUCAUGUCAAUGGCUUCUUUGCUUUGAAUCAGAACCGGAGACACGUCAAGUGGCCAACAGCAGAUCAGCUUCAAAAUCAGGCUCACACAGACAAGGCUAUGGAAUGGAAUAAGUGUCUUGUGAGUGAAGUUCUGCCAGAGGUUUAUCGUAGCUUGAUAGAUAGCCUUCUUAGAUGCUGCUAUUCAUAUGAUAACUCAAUUACCAUCAUUCAACAAGUCUACAGAACAAUUCCAGAUGUUGAUGAUAUUGAUGUGCAUUGGAAGCCUCUUGUUUCAACAAUUCUGGCACAGCUUCACAAUAUCCCGUUCCUGUUCACACCGUCUGACCAGAAGAAAGGGGUCAAGAUGAAGGAUGCUUAUCUAGUGGAUGUAACCAAUGAUGCUUAUUCAUUAAUCACUGAAAUAUUUACUUUGUAUCACAGGUACAUUGUCCCAGUACCUCCAAAACUAAUGCGAACUUUAGAAAAACAUUUCAGCUCACACAUACACAAAGCUACACCUAAAGAUGUGUGUGACACACUUAGAGUGGAUAACCGUUUUACAACAUUACCAAGACAGAAGAAACUCAUGCUGCUGAAAUAUCUCCUGGAAUCGGAUGAGUACAAGCACCUGGACAGUCUGUGUCUUCUGCCAGUGGCUGACGGUAACUUUGUGGAUUUUGGAGCACAUGCAGCUGUGUUCAUUUGCUACCCGCAAGAGGAUGCCAAACUCUUCCCAGGACUUGAAAGUCAGUUGGUCUCGCUGGACCUUCCUGAGGAAUUACAACAAGCUCUGCGGAAACGGGCUUCUGCUGGAUGGCAAUGUCUUUCUGUGAUGUCAUCUGAUGCCUUCCCCAAUCUGCUCCGGGAAUGUCUGUUGAGGCAUUUCCCAGAAGGUAAUGCUGAACUGCCUUCUCCAUCCCUUGAUGUCAACUGGCUAAGGCAAGUGUGGAUCUAUAUCACAGCCCAUGGGAUUGAUGUUGAAAAAUAUUUCAGUGGUUUUCCCAUCAUGCCAGACAUUGAUGGCUGUGGCAGAGGAAAACUACUCCGCAUUGAUGAGGUCUUCAUAGCUCAGUCCGUCAGGCACUCUGAGUCACUCCCACAGAAUGUUGGUGCAGCACUGCAGAAACUAGGCAUUAUACAUUUGAUGUAUGUCCCUGAUUUUGUCCUCAACAAUCCUCAUGUUCUUGGGACAAUUAUUCAGUAUUCGACACCAGUGGGUGUUGUAAGAGCAUUAGAGACAGUAUACGCCAGAAAACGUAACACAGUUGUACAACUGUUCAAUGCUGAAUCCUCCAAAGAGGAAAGGUCUGCUUUGGUGACAUAUCUGAGCUCCUGCCAGUUGAACGAUGGAACUAAAGCUGUGUUGAGGAAGUUAAAGCUAUUUACUGCAACAGACAACAGUGAUUGCUCAGUGGAAACCUUGUAUACUCUAGCCCCUGAUGAACAAAUACCAGUAUCCUACCCUGAGAGGUACAUCCAGUGUUCAUCUCUUGCAGUCAGACCCCUGGCACUGACGCUCGGGGCAACUGCAACCCCGUUUCUUCAUGUUUGUCAACAAAUCCUUCAGCUGAUGCAGCACUGGAGUAUGCAAUAUACAGAAAGUCAAAAGGUAGAGUUUAUGGAGUUUCUGAUGGAGAAACACAUGCCUGUUGUGAAUGAAACGAGGCAAAUUGCUUCGGCAGUACAGUUCCUUUCAUCCAGUGGAGGGUCUUCUAGUCUUAGGGCUUGUGAUCUGUUCAGCCAAGACGAUCCAUUCCUGAGAGCCUUGUUCCUUGAAGAGGACAAAUUCCCAGCAGAGAGGCAUACACGAAAAGACAGACUCAGGAGAGGAUUACAAGUAAUUGGUCUUAAAACUGUGAAAGAAAUCUCAGAAAGUGAUGUUAGAACAUCAGCAAUGAAAAUUGAGGAGCUUGUUAGCAGAGGAAUGGAUUCUGAAGCAGAGCUGAAAGUAACAGCAUUCAUCACGUUCCUCGAGAGGAGCAUAGACAGAAUGGACCCAAUGAAACUAUCUGAUCUUCAGCAUCAGAAAUGCAUUCCUUGUUUGCAGAAAAAAAUAUCCAGAUAUCCCAAGUCUCUCUCAUGGAAUGGAGAAUCAGGGCCCUGUAUCUCAUCAUCAGAAGAGGUUUUUAGUUCACGACACUCAUCUAUCAUUGGGUCUGUUAGUCCAGUUGCAAAAGAAAUGGCAGAAGCUGUUGAAAGAAUUUUGGGACUUUAUAGAGAUCCACCAGUAUGUUCAGUGAUGGAUCAUCUUCAUAAUCUGGGGGCAUCUUAUGACAGUAGAGAAUGUAAUCCUUGUAUGGAGUUACUAAAGGACAUUUACAGCUUUUUUAAUUCUCCAAAUGUAUCAAUUGCAGAAGAGAAACACCAGAUGGAGUCAACAAGAUCUGUGUGGGUUGGAAUAGAAGAAGGUUUCCAGUAUCCACGGUCAGUGUAUUUAGAAAGAUCUGAAGCUGACCUGGACCUGAAGCCUUACAGAUACCAACUACCAUCUCUGUUGCAUGACUGGUGUUCAUUACUGAGUGACUGUGGCUGCCAUCAGAGACAAACCCCUGACAUGCUGACCUCUGUCCUGGAAGAAAUAAAAGAAAAGCAUGACGGAUUCAGGUCUUCCAACUUAAAGAAACCAACAGAUGUGCGACAUGACUUAAAUCUGGUUCUUCAGAUACUGAAUGAACUGCAAAAACACCCUCAAAGACAUGAAGUGUUGGUGCCAGUGCACCAGGCUUCUGAGGAUUACCUUCUCUUGUUGCCAGCAGACCAGUGCACCUACUGCAAUGCCGAUUGGCUGCAGGAUCAGAUGUCUGAUGGUUCUGAGGUAGAUGAAGAAGAGGAAAUAUUUUAUGUUCAUUCUAGCAUAUCAGAGCGGAUUGCACAAUUAAUGGGAGUCUAUUCCCUGACUGAACGUGUAAUGGAUGACACUGAAGACUUUGAUGUGGAGUAUCAUCAGUCAGAGCCAUUGACAAGACGACUGAAAAACAUUCUCCAUGAGUACACAGAUGGUUUUUCUGUCCCGAAAGAGCUGAUACAAAAUGCAGAUGAUGCCCGCGCUACAGAAGUUUGUUUCAUGUAUGAUGAGAGACAGAAUCUGAAUGCAAGAACAUUCCUCAUGAAUGAGAACAUGGCUGGUUUGCAAGGUCCAGCUCUCUGGGCCUACAAUGAUGCAAGUUUUACACAGAGUGACUUUAACAAUUUAAAGCAACUGAGCGGAGCCACUAAAGAAGAAGACACAACAAAAGUGGGAAAGUUUGGUUUGGGCUUCAAUUCUGUUUACAACCUAACUGAUGUUCCAAGCUUCAUCAGUGAAAAUACUUUGGUGAUAUUUGACCCUCACAAAUCAUACUUAGGGAAACCUGGGCUGAAAGCAAACCUCAAAAGUGUAAAAAAUCAGAGGAUGUUGAGAAAUAUGAAUGGACAAUUAAAGCCGUUCGAGGGAAUAUUUGGUUGUCAAGUCAUCAAAGAUGGAAAACGUGACACUAUAUGUCAUGGAACACUUUUCAGAUUCCCUUUGAGGACACCAGAACAGGCUGCUACAAGUGAAAUUAAAGAUUUGUCCUACUCAAGGCAUGAGAUGGAGACAUUUUUCAGAAAAUUUGCAGAAGGAUGUGGAAAUCUUACCCUUUUCACACAGUAUGUGUCAUCAGUAAAGUUCUUCUAUUUACCACGCAAUGGAGACCCAAAUACGCCAGAACUUCUCAUUCAUGUGACAAAAGCAAUAACAGACCAACGAAUUCUGUCACCUCCAAAUUCUCUUCUUAAUGAACUUACUGUGUUGGCAUAUGCAGCUCAGGAGUGGAACACCCAGUCAGGAGAGUGCCUCAAAAUAACUGAAAUAAGUGAUGUCCAGCUUGAAAUUUGUGACACAGACAUGACAAGAACACAAAAGUUAAAUCCAAGUGUGACCACCCAGUCAUGGGUCAUUACCUGGGUAACUGGUCAAAAAGAAUCGGAUAAGUUUGCACUGUCUGGAAAGCUCAAAGGAUUGCUUCCAUUAGCGGCUGUUGCAAUUCCACUGACUUUGGAAGAUGGAAGACAAGGUAUCUGUGAAAUGGCCAAAUGUCCAGCAGGAUUCUACAGAGAAGGACAUUUCUUUUGCUUUUUACCUCUGCCGGUGCACAUUCCGUUUCCAGUACAUAUCAAUGCACCAUUUGCUUUGACAACAGACAGAAAACAAUUGUGUACACAAACUGAAGAUGACAAGAUGAACUAUGAGGCUGAGUGGAAUACAGCUCUGUUUAAAGAUGCUACAUGUAGAGCUUACAUAGCUGGGCUGGAACAACUGGAGAUCACAGACCCUUCAAGCGUUGGUCAGUAUUAUGGCUUGUGGCCUACAACACCACAUGAUAAACCUGACUGCAUGGUACAAAGUUUCUAUGAGCUUAUAACAGCUGAGACACAUUGUGUGUUUCCGCAUGAUGACAAUGGUGCACUCGAAUGGCUGUCAUUUCAAGGAAUGUAUAUUCUUGAACCAAAACUUUGUUGGAAUGAUGAUAUUGCAAUGAUGGCCUUCAAAGCAACAUCUCACUUUCUAAAGUCCACAAAUAGAAAAAUCGUAGACCUUCCACUACAACUCUUCAAACAGUUUUGUCUGCCUGGACUGAAGUCGUGUGCUACUUCCAGGCUUAUCACAACAUCAGAGUUUUUCGAGACAAUCUUCUUCCCAAAUAUAAAUGACAGCUACUGGUCACCAACAGAGAGAGAUAGUUUGGUAUUGUUUGCUCUGACAUAUCAGAAUGAAAGUGUUGAAGACCUCAUAAGAACAUCCAGAUGUAUUCCGACAGAGCCUUCAGGUACUCUGAAAAUGCCAUGUGAACUAAUUCAUCCACAUAAGGAAUGUGCAAGGAUGUUUUCUAAAGAAGAUGAAUGCUUCCCAAGAGGAUUUAGGUUUCGGGGAAUCAACUUUUGUGACCAGCAGGUGGUAGGCAUUUUAUGUAAGCAUGGAAUGGUCCAAGAUGAACUCCCAUGGGAACUCCUUGUUGAGCGAGCCUUGUCGGUGGAGAAGCUAGAAAAACAGGAUGCUAAAACAGCUCACGAGAGAAGUGGACAGAUCUUAAAGUAUCUUGGCAGUGGGAUUCAUCAUGGGAAGAAAUGUUAUGUCACUUGUCCUGAAGCAAUACAAUUUCAAUUACAAAACAUCUCCUUUCUACCUGUUCAAAAACGUCCCUCAAUCUGGCCUUUAAAGUGGAAAGCAGAUGACAUAGAAGGAAAACCAUUUGCAUGUCCAAGUGAACUUUAUUUGAAGAGUGUGUCAAGCUUAGUGGCCUGUUCACAGUUAAUUUUUGAUGACUUUUUUUACCCUCAUUUCAGAGUGGACAUGGAUGUUUUGGCUUGGCUUGGUGUGAAAGGAAAGGAAGAUGCUGACCUGGCUGUAGCCUCAGAACAACUGCUCCUCGUUUCCAAAUCUAUAAAUGCACUGACGGAUGAUUCUUCUUCCUAUGAGCUUAAAAAAUUGUGCAAAGACAUAUACAAAUUUCUGAACAGAAAGUGUGGGGAAAGUGAUGCCCAGAUCGGGAUAAUACAGCAAUGUUUACAACAUCAAGAAACUGUGCUGGUAGGAAAACAGAUGGUUGAACCAGAGCAUGCUGCUUUUCAUCUGCCAACUGAUUUAUCACCCUAUCUGUAUCAAGUUGAUGAAGCAAUAGUUGACAAUAAGAUGCUUUUACAGAGCAUUGGGGUUAAAGACAAAUUUGAAGUGUCUGACCUGCUACUUGUUGUGCAGGAAGUCUCCAGAGAUACAGGUUCAAAAGAACUUUCAGAAGAUCAGUUAAAAUGGUUCGGAAGGACUACUCAGUAUCUUUCAGAGUUUGACAAAUCAUGUUUUGAUCAAGACAAGUUUGAUGUUUCACUUCCAAAUUGUGACAGAAUUCUAUCGAAAGCAACAUCACUUUGCUUUGAUGAUUAUGAAUUUGUUAAAAAUGAAUCCAUGAAGUUUGUUCAUGCAUGUGUACACCAUGAGGCAGCCAAGCUGUUAGGUGUGAAGGGAAAGCGUGCUGUUCAUCUGAAAGGACACAUUUCUCACUUUUCAUCUCCCUUUGGUCAAAGUGAAAAACUAACAACUCGAUUGAAACGAAUUCUGAGUGAAUACCCACGUGACUCUUCAAUCAUGAAAGAGCUGCUGCAGAAUGCUGAUGACGCAGGAGCAACAGAACUGAUGUUUAUAAAGGAUUUCAGACACCUGCCAAAAGAAAAAAUCUUCUCUGACGAAUGGGCUUCACUGCAAGGACCAGCACUGUGUGUCUACAAUGACAGUUAUUUUACAGAAGAUGACCUUGAAGGUAUUCAGAACUUAGGUGUAGGGAGUAAGAGUGAGGAUCCUGUAAAGACUGGGCAGUAUGGUGUUGGGUUCAAUGCUGUUUAUCAUCUGACUGAUGUUCCGUCUUUCAUCACUGUUGGCCCUGGGAUGGAAAAAUCCAUAUGUGCCCUCGACCCUCAUAUGCGGUAUCUAGAAGCCGGGGAAACUGGAAUGAAAAUAUCACAGCUGGACAGGCUAAGAGACACUUAUGCAGAUAGCUUCUGUGGAUAUCUGGAAGAUGUAGUCAAAACUGACACAAAAGGAACACUGUUCAGAUUCCCUUUGAGGACACGUGAAAUGGCAAAAAAGUCAGAGAUCACCAAGAAAGAAGUCACUCCAAAUGAUGUCAACAAAAUUUUACAGGAAUUCAAGAAUGAUAUGUUUGACUCGCUCUUAUUCCUUCAUAGUGUUAAGAAAAUAUCUAUUGCCAUUGUCAACACAGAUGGUACUUUCAAUGAAGAAUACAGUGUUACAGCAACAAUGAGUGAAGCAGAUAUGUCUGCACAUAAGGGAUUCCUUUCUCACUUGAGGAAACAGACAGCAAAGAUAAGAGACCCUUCUGCCGGAAUUGGCCUUGAUGCUGUUUCUUCUUUGGAAGCUGAAUUGUCUCUCAGUGUUGAUGAUUCAGAAGGGAACCAUCAGGAUUGGGUUGUGUUUCACCAUUGUGGAUUUUCUAAAGAAAAACCUAUUCCAGAACCUGUAAAUCAGGCCUGGGAGAAUAGGAACAUUUGUCUUUUACCACAAGGUGGUGUUGCAGUACAAAUAACUACUGGAGGAAAAGGUGAGAAACCUGUCAGGGGGAAAGCAUUUUGUACCCUGCCUCUGCCUAUCAAUACAGGGUUGCCUGUACAUGUCAAUGGACACUUUGCCUUGGAUCACGAAGCAAGAAGAAACCUUUGGCAUGGCAAUGAAGACUACCGGUCAAUCUGGAAUCGCCAUGUAGUUGAUGCAAUCAUAAUACCAGCCUAUAUGAUGGCUAUGCAUUCACUGAAGAAGAGAACUGGAAUUUUCGGGGAAAAGUCACUAAGAUGUCAAUAUGAAAGUCUCGAUCAUUAUUAUAGUUUCUUUCCACACAGGACUUCAGAAACCACGGGAGUUUGGAAUGAUGUUGUUACUUCUUUCUACAAAGAUGUCUUUCUUAACAAAAGAAAACUCUUUGGAAUUGUCAAACCUGCAAAUGGAAUGUUUUCAGAUUUCAGCCAGAACAAAAAUGACAGCAACAAGAAUCUUAAAAAGGAAGACAUGACCUGUACGGUUUUGUGGGCUCCAACUGCAAGUGGCUAUUUUAAAGUACUGGGUAGCUUUUUCACUCAAACUGAUCAAGUCUCACAAUCAGACACUGACAGAGACAAAGAUUUGACUGUGUUAUUUCCACAGAUGCAUGAACAGAAGCAGAAAAACGAGAGAGCAUGGCAGCUUACUGAGAUUCUUAAGGACUUGAACAUGAAUAUCAUAGAUGUUCCAUGGUCGAUUUAUGAAAAUAUCAAAGCCAUUUGCACUGAAAGUGAGCUGAACGUUGUCACACCAGAAAGUGUUAUGCAGUUCCUGAAAUCGCACGUAUCUGACACCAAAGAUAGCUGUAAUCUUGAAUCUCUACCACAGGACCUAGAAGCCACAUCCCUAAAGAGCAUCAAAUCACUAAAAUUAUUGACAGAAUUCUGUGAAAAGCAUGCAACAUUUGGUUCUGAAUUGCAAUCUUUGCCACUUGCAUUGACUGAAUCACAUCAACUGCAUUGUUUUGAUGCUGAAAAUGCAUUGUUUGUGACAAUGUACACUGAUCUAUUUGUUAGAACACCUGAUGAGGUGCUGGAUAGAGGAAUCAGUUUAAUGUAUACAAAAUACCUCAAAGAAUCAGACUGUAUAAAAGAUCUUGAUGUCACCUCACUGGCAUUAUUGACUGAAAAGACAUUUUCUAGAGACGUUUUGCACACUGGCAAACCAGUCCCAUGGGAGGUCUCAGAAGAUCUUCCGACCAAGAAAUGGAUCUUUCUAUUUUGGAAUAUUUUGUCUCAGCAAAUGUGCAGUAUCAAGGAUGAAGAGUCAUUUGACACACAGACGUUUUUUGGCUGAACU